GCGCGGGAAGGUGCGGGUCGUCGCCGGAGAGAAGCGAGUGACUCGGGCGACGCGGGGCCCGAAGGGCAGGACCGCCCGCUGGCCAGAGCCCGGCCCGUCCUCCGCCCCGCGACACGAGCCGCCCCCCGGCCAGACAUCCCCGCGCCGUCGCCGCCGGCCGGCCCGCCCGCCUUCCAUCCCCCCUCCGCCGAGCCUGACCUCCAAAAAGCUGUAAGAAUUAUUAUUGAGAGUCCGAGCCCCAAACUCCCUCACUUGCCCCCCCCACCAACCCUCAACGAAGAAAAGAACCCAUCAGCCUCCGGCCCGGCGGCGCCCAGGAAGGAAGGAACAGCGACCUCCGCCCCGCGCCCGGGACCACCCUGGAGGGAGAAGUCGCGCUGCGGCCGGCAGACCGCCCCGCCACCGCGGAGACCCGAGUGAAGCUGUCUGGAGCCCGAGGCUGCCUACCAUACAUCACCUGCCACUGCCUGUGGCCUGUACACGUGCCCUGAGCUGAUUGUCCGCCCAGGAAAGGACCAUGCAGCUAGAGAUCAAAGUGGCCCUGAACUUUAUCAUCUCCUACUUGUACAACAAGUUGCCCAGGCGCCGGGCAGACCUGUUUGGGGAGGAGCUUGAGCGGCUCUUGAAAAAGAAAUAUGAAGGCCACUGGUACCCAGACAGGCCACUGAAGGGCUCUGGCUUCCGCUGUGUGCACAUCGGGGAGAUCGUGGACCCAGUGGUGGAGCUGGCCGCCAAGCGCAGUGGCCUGGCCGUGGAGGAUGUGCGGGCCAACGUACCCGAGGAGCUGAGCGUCUGGAUUGAUCCUUUCGAAGUGUCCUACCAGAUCGGUGAGAAGGGGGCAGUGAAAGUGCUGUACCUGGAUGACAGUGAGGGCUGUGUUGCCCCGGAGCUGGACAAGGAGUUCAAGAGCAGUUUCAACCCUGACGCCCAGGUCUUCGUGCCCAUCGGCAGCCAGGACAGCUCCCUGUCCAACUCCCCGUCGCCGUCCUUUGGCCAGUCGCCCAGCCCCACCUUCAUCCCCCGCUCUGCCCAGCCCAUCACCUUCACCACCGCCUCCUUUGCUGCCACCAAGUUUGGCUCCACCAAGAUGAAGAAGGGGGGUGGGGCGGCAAGUAGCGGGGCAGUGGCUGGUGGGGGAGCCGGGGGCCCACAGCCUCCCCAACAGCAGCCCCGCCUGGCCCGCUCCCCCACCAACAACCUGCUGAAGCACAAGAGCCUCUCUCUGUCUCUGCACUCGCUGAACUUCAUCGCGGCCAACCCGGCCCCUCAGUCUCAGCUCUCACCCAAUGCCAAGGAGUUCGUGUACAACGGCGGGGGCUCUCCCAGCCUCUUCUUUGACGGCGCCGAUGGCGGGGGCAGCGGGGCAGGCCCGUGCAACAGCAACAGCUUCGACGUGGCCCAGGUCUUUGGAGGCGGCGCCAACAGCCUCUUCCUGGAGAAGACGCCCUUCGUGGAAGGCCUCAGCUACAACCUGAACACCAUGCAGUAUCCCAGCCAGCCCUUCCAGCCUGUCGUGCUGGCCAACUGACCACCCACCUGCCACCGGGCCAGGAGCGCCUAAUACCACAGAAAAGAGAAAGGAAAAGAAAGUCCAAAAAAAGAGGAAAAGAAAAAUACACAAAAAGAUUUCCAGUCUUCUCACUCUGGCUUCUAGAAAAAAAGAUCCAGCCCAGGCAUGGAGUGGGAGGGGGCUCCUGAAGCACCAAGUCGUGUUUAACUCAACCCCCUGCUGUUUUCCUGCCUGCCUCUGAUUUAUUUGGUUGGUUUGGGUUUUAUAUUUUUUCUUUUUUUUUUCUUUUCUUUCUUUCUUUUUUUUUUUUUUUACAUGUAGUUUUCUAUAUAACAUCUUUAAUUAGUGGCUUCCUGUGCUAAGAAUGGUCCAGAUGUGAAUUGCUGCUCCCUGCUCCCUCCCUUUCUCCCUCCCUCCUUCACACCUGGUUUUAUAGGAUUGGUGUGUCCAAGCUCACAGGGAAGGAAGAGCCGCAGUUGGGGCCUGACCCUGCCCAGAGCAGGGAGAGGCUGCCCCCCAUGUCACUGCCCCUGACAUUCAGCUAAGCUUUCACUCAAAGCCAUCCAACCUCAGCAGGCCACCUUGGGCCCUGCCACCCGAAUAGGUUUGACCCCAGCCCCCCACUCCCUCUCAGGCCUGAGCCACGUGGGGAGCUGCUGACUGGCUACUUGAUACCCUCCCGCUAGAGCUGAUGUCUGUGACUCCAGGGAGGUUAGCACUUGGUCUAGUGGAAUUGCUUUCAUCUCUGUCAUGUAGCCCCACGCCACCACCCCCACCUGGCCCAGACUCUCAUCAUGGCCCCAGAGACCCAGCCAUUGACAUGUGGCCUCUCCUGCAGCCCCUUCUUCCCUGGGCCUGAGGUUGUGGGUAAGGAGGUGGGGCAGGUGUGGGUGCGUGUGUGUGCGCGUGCGUGUGCGUGGUUUGCUGUCCUGUUUUAAAGGAUUCCAAGCCAUGUAAACCCUCCCCACCCCCCAACAUGAUUCCAGGUUGCAGCAAGUGCUUAUUUUAUGUAGGAGGUUGGGGAAUGGGCCUGGGAGGGUCGUCAGUCCUUUUGUAGGGUGGGUCAUGUGUUGGGGUGAGACUGCGGCUGAGCCUAAGACACUCCCAGGGGAAAAUACUGCAGAAGGAACUGGUUUCCAGACUGUGGAGGGAUCUGCACUUUUGUUUUUGACCAAAAAAGGGGGGAUGGGGGGUAGCUGUGAGGGGCUAAGGGAAUACCAGCCUACCGGCCCCCCGAUGCCUAAGAGGAGUCCCUGGACUCAGAUCCUCCCGUUUCAUUGUGACCUUAACCCAGGGUGAGGAGCCGCUCACCUGAGCACCCUGGGGGGUGGGAGUUUGGAGUCAGUGCCUAGAGUGCGCAGUCCUGAGCCUUGAAUUGAGACUUAUCAGUCUUUGGUUGUAGAUGUUCUUUUAGUCUGUUUCUGCCCCUGCCUGCUUGAGAACUUCUUGGUACCCCUUGCUGUCCCCUCUCACUGCCCGACCCAAUCCCACUGGGCCUUGAUGCUGUGAGGGGUGGUCUCAGGCAGGUGGCAGGGCUGGACAGGCAGGUGGCCAUGGCAGGUGGCGCGUGUGGACUACAGGAGAGCCCCGGCCCCUGUCUCUGCCGGAAGAGAAGUUGUCUCUCCCACCUGACCCUAGUGAGCCAGCUUCCAUGCCAUGAUGCUUUGGCUGGUGGGCCACAUGGCAUCAGGGCCCCCAUCACCGGAAAGUACCAAAGCCCUUGGCACCCCCACCCCACCCUCCUGUGACCCCAAGUGGGGCAACCGCCGUGGCAGUGGGUCCGGCCCAGACAGACACUGCCAGCCUCCUCCCUGCAAUGGGCACCAGCUCUACCUCCCCCAACGGGGCAAUGCUCCGGCUCCUCAGCCCAGGAUCAUCUGUCCCCUAGAUUUCUCAGGGGCCAGCCCAGUCUGGGCCCUACCCUCUCCGAGCCCUCCACUCCCGCACAGUGACAGGCCCAGGCAGAUGGCUGCUCUCUGGGAAAGGUUGGAUGCUGCCUUAUUUAUGUCCUCUCCCGGCCCCUUUCCCCUGCACUCACAUACACAGGUACCCGCCCCCCGGUCGGCUUGUUCUCGCCACAUCUAGGGAGAGGGGAGACCAACCCCUUAGUGUCUUUUGAAAUACGAAGAAAAAAUGUAUGUUCCGGAGCAUGACUCCAGGGCUGGGCUCUUGGGCCCAGUUCAGUCUGUCUCGUCUCAAAUCUAGGCAUUUUUGCUUCAAUUUUAUUUUUUUUAAGGAAACAAAAACAAAAACCUGCACUAAUUUACCUGGUUUCGUAGGAGAACUUUUUUUUUUAUUUUUUACAUUUUUUGGUGUCCGUUUGUAUUGAAUAAUUUGCUACAUUUGUAAAAUGUAAGAGGUAUAUAUAAUAUAUGUAUAUUUCUAACGUAAAAAACGUAAUUUUUUUCUUUUCAAGAUUUUUUCUUAAAAAGAGGAGAGAAACAGAUAUUUUUUCAGGAAAAACAAACUUUAAAAUAAAAAAAGAGGAGAAUUAAACCUAUUUCUCCCCUUUCCCCAUCCUCUCUGUCUGCCCCUCUUUCCCAGGAACAAAUCAAAAAAGGUGGAUCAUCUUGUAAAGAAUGUAAACUUUUAGUCCAGAAUGAUGUAUUUUUCUCAAUGCAGUGAGCUAUAGAUUCUCUAGUUGACCCCUCGGGAUGGGAAGGAGGGCAUUGAGGCAACGUGGAGAGGAGCUUGGGGGAGCAGGGUAAUGAACUUGUUUUCUUUAGUGAAGGAGGAAUACAAUCGAGCGUUUUGUAUUCAGAAUGUUGUGCAAUAUUUUGGAAUGGGACAUUGGUGUGUUUAGAGAUUUAGUUUAAAAACAAAACAAAAAGAUUGAUCAAAUCUGUACAGUUUAUAUUGUUCCAGAUUUUUUUAAGUUUGUAUUAAAAGCAUGAUAUAUAAUA